AAUAAUUCCAAGAUGGAGGCGAAGAAUUGUCAUGAAAGGAUACUUUCCCGGGUAUUUCACGUAUCUCUAACAACCGGGAUUGUCCUUAUUCUAGUGCUUAAAGAUACAGAACUUAGAAGAGCUUGUUUUGAUGGGAACUGGUUGUAUGUCGCAGCGUUCAUGUCGCUUUGUUUCAUCGGUUUCAUUUUCUACUUUGUUGCAAGCUGCAUGGAUCCUGGUUUUGCUGAAAUAAGUGACGAAAAAAGUAUAAUGGUUUCUUUUGAGAAAGCAGAACAUGAAUCAGAGAGCCAGUCAGAUGGAGAAGAAGGCACUGAAGAAUCCUGUAAAAUUUUAGCCACUCCUUCCUUUGGUGGUGCUAGAUUGCGGCGCUGUGGAUACUGUGCCAUAUUACAGCCACUGCGAGCCAAACACUGUGAGGACUGUGGCCGUUGUGUGCGGAGAUAUGAUCAUCACUGUCCCUGGCUUGGAAAUUGUGUUGGGGAAAGAAAUCACAGAUUUUUUUGGUGCUUUCUUUUGACUCAAUGUGUUCUAAUUGCAUGGGCCACUGAAAUAACCUGGUAUGCUUUUAUGUACAAGAAAGAGUGGUUGGCCUGGUUCCUUGCAAAUGGUUUCCUGAUUUUUGCAAUGUUUGUGCUGGGUCUUACUUUUAUUGUAGUUUUUCUUUUAUUCUGCUGCCAUUCCUAUUUGAUGGUGACUGCUCAGACAACCUGGGAGUAUAUGUCUCGCUCAAGAAUUUCAUACCUGAAGACCCUCAGUGAAGACGUGAAUCCAUUUGAUCAAGGAGUAUUUUGUAAUGUGUACAGCUUCUUGUGUAGAUGCCGAGUGCAGAAAUGGGAAGUACUGCUGCGGCAGAGAGAUCGCUGGGCUUAGUCUAAUUAAUGUCAAAAAUAAUUUUUUUUCAAUUUACGCUAAUCUAAAUUAGGAAUUUUUAUUUUUGCCAGCUUUAUUUUUACCCAUUAUUUUCCUUCCUUUCUAAUUCCACAUUAUUAUAGGCCACAUGUAGAAGUUGUACAUAUGAUUUUAAAACAGCCCUCAAAGGUGCAACCAUGGUUUCCUUGGCUAGCAGAAGACAAUUUGCAUCUAAAUUUGUGGCUAUAGGUGUUAAUGUGAUAAUGUGUUUGGUUGUGAAAUACUGUGCCAAGCUGCAACAUUUUCACUUCUAAAUGUUUAUGGCCUUAAGGUGAACUGUGACAAACAUCUACAUGGAGGAUUUCAUAAUUUGGCACAAAAUUUUCUUUUUGGUGUUUCCCCUCUUUUUGCUUUUUUUUUUUCUGGUUUUUCAAACUUUACUUCUGGCAAUCACUUCGUGAUUUUAGCUUUUCAAAUGGUGUUUUUAGAAAUUUGAUUUGGAAUCCCUGAAGUGAUACUCAUGUAUACCCUUACUAAUACUAACAGAAGUG